GAGCCCAAACAUUUCAGGUUCGAAGCUCUUAUUCUCUUGCUUCUGUUUUUCUCUUCUCGUUUCGCUCUUUCAGCGAAGAAUGAUAGCGUAGAGUUGUUUCUGUUGAAUCCCUUGUUCUCUAGGUUUGUUCGAAUCAAGGGUUCGGGCGCGAGAUCCAGGUUUAGAAUUGGAGUUCUGGUGAAGGAUAAAUCUCUUUAGUAGGGUUUUGUCGCACAUUGUAUUUGAGUUGUUCGCCCCGAUGCAUUUAUUUAGCUUUGAUUCGAUCUAGGGUUUUCACUUCUGGUGUUUUUGCUCCAAGGAGCUUAGGUUGUUUCCUAGUAAGUAUUUAUUUUCCUUCUUCUGGGUGCUGUAAUUUCCUGAAUCCUUUUGAGGAUAUUUGUUCUUUCAUUGAAAUUUUGGGCAAGAGAAAAAUAAUAUUUUUUUAUUGUGGGGUUUUCUAGUCGCAUUCUAGAUUUCAUGGUUUGUAUUUUCGGCUUCGGGAGGGUUAAUAUUGCUUGAAUCCAGUGAGCUCGGGGAUAUACAGCACCAUUUAGAAUUCUUUUGCUAUUGGAGAUGUUGAUGAAUUUGUAUUAGCGAUAUCAUUAAAUGAUAUUGUUCAAUUUUUGCCCUUUCGCAUUAGUUUCAGGAGGGGGCUACUAAGGCGUAUGGAGGCUUUUGGUUAAACUCCAAAUACAUUGAAAAGAGAAAAGAUCCAAUAUUGUCCAAAGAAGGGAACUGCUGGUUAUGUUGAGUUGAAAUUUGUGUUCUAUUGACCUCGAUCCUGAAUUUUUUUUAAUAAUUAAAUAAAACAUAUGGCCUGUAGAAAAUCAAGGCUAAUUGUAUUUUGAACCAGAAUCUGGGAGUUGUCAUGCUAUUGCACCUUUUGGAUAUCCAAAUUUUGUUGAAACUUAAGCUGAGAAUAAAACUUGAUUGUGGAAGUUGACAUGUGCAGUUAUUGGGAAUUUAUCUUAUGGCACCUGCUGUUCCUAUAAAGUUUGGACAGACGGAAACAAGGAAGUUUUGGCUUUCACAACCAAUGGGGAAAUCAAGGAUGUACUCUAAAGGGCAUUCCUCUGGUUUUAUCCCUGACUACCGGCAUGCUGUUGAGACUGUGGGUGAAUCAGAGGGGCUUGGGAGUUCCGGGCGUGUUGAUACUGAAAUGAUAGCAUCAGAGGAUUCAUAUGCUCCCAAGAGGAAAUGUAUGAGUUUGAAUCUAGAUGAUUAUGAUAGUUUUGGUGUCCCAAUCCAAGUCUUGUCAUUGUCAAAGAUGCCAAGGUUAGAGAGGAAGGACUUAGAAUUCAGGUUGAAAAGAGAACUUGAGCAGGUCAGGAUCCUUCAAAGGAAAGUGGCUUCUUUGAGUUCGAGUGCAGUUGUAUUAUCACCUUGUAGUGAUAUUAGGAGUUGCAGUGAUGGACAAAAGAGGCCUCCACUAGAGGGCUUACGUAAGUCUUUGGAAGUAUCAGCUCCACAGAGCAAGAAACGGGCUCCUCCAGGUCGUUAUGGGGCCCCAAUAAGAAAAGGUUCACAUAAACGUCCCGAACCAGUAAAGCCAGCUGCAACGGCGAGUACUUCUAAUGGUAUGUUGAUGAAACAGUGUGAAACCUUACUAAACCGUUUGCUGGCACAUCAAUUUGGUUGGGUUUUCAGUGAACCAGUUGACGUGGUGAAGUUGAACAUACCGGAUUAUUUUACUGUCAUUAAAAAUCCAAUGGAUUUAGGUACAGUGAAGAGCAAAAUUGCAUCAGGUGCAUAUUCAAGUCCAUUGGGGUUUGCUGCAGAUGUGCGAUUAACUUUCUCAAAUGCAACGAAGUACAACCCACCUGGAAAUGAUGUCCAUUUCAUGGCUGAGGCACUAAGUAAAUACUUUGAAGUGAGAUGGAAAGUUAUAGAGAAGAAGCUUCCUGUGACCAUUAAUGUGGGGUCUGAGCCUCAGAGAGCUGGCGUUCCCAAGGAAAUGGAAAUGAAUAUUGGUAUAAUUCCUGCGAAAAAGAAAAGUGCACUAAAUGACAAGUUCAAGUCGGAGCCUGUCAGGCAGAUAAUGAGUAAUGAGGAUAAGCAUAAGUUGAGCACUGAAUUGGAAGCAUUGCUGGGUGAAUUACCUGAAACCCUUAUUGACUUUCUAAAAGAGCAAAGUCAUACUGCCGACCAGUCUGAUGAGGAUGAAAUUGAGAUUGAUAUUGAUGCUCUGAGUGAUGAUACAUUGUUUAAAUUGCGAAAGCUUUUGGAUGAUUAUUUACUUGAGAAACGGAAAAACCAGACCAAAGCAGAACAAUGUGAAAUAGAGCUUCUUAACGAGUAUGGAUUUAGCAAUUCAUCAUUGCAAAAUUGUAAAGGCAAUGAACCAGUUGAUGAAGAUAUAGAUAUUGUUGGUGGAAAUGAUCCUCUUAUUUCAAGUUAUCCUCCAGUAGAGAUAGAGAAAGAUACAGCCCAAAAGAACAGUAAAUUCAGUAGUUCAAGUAGCACUAGUAGUGAAUCAGGCUCUUCUUCUGGUGAUUCAGAUUCUGGUAGUUCAACCGACAGUGAAUCAGAUGCAACUAAAGCAUCAGUUCCUGGUGCUCUGACCAAGAAACUUGUGGGAUCUGGAGAAAAUUUAGACCAAAAGAGAAGGAUGGACGAUCCAGAAGUCCGGAAUCAAUCUGCAAAUGGAUUGGCCAAAACUGAUCAUAGUUUGCAGAGUAAGCCAAUGUCUAUGAAGAUAGAUGGCCAGCAAGAGGGGGAGAGUGCUCCACCUGAGAGACAAGUCUCCCCAGAUAAGCUCUAUCGUGCGGCCUUAUUAAGAAACCGAUUUGCAGACACAAUACUAAAAGCUCGAGAAAAGACGCUCAAAAAGGGUGAAAAGUGGGAUCCUGAAAAAUUGCGUGUGGAGAGGGAGGAGCUUGAGCAGCGGCAAAAAGAAGAAAAGGCUCGAAUGCAAGCUGAGGCCAAGGCUGCUGAAGAAGUUCGAAGGAAAGCUGAAGCUGAAGCAGCAGCUGAAGCAAAAAGGAAGAGAGAACUGGAAAGAGAAGCUGCACGUCAAGCAUUGCAACAGAUGGAAAAGACUGUUGAGAUUAAUGAGAGCAGUCGGUUUCUGGAAGAUCUUGAAAUGCUGAGGACUGUGCAUGAUGAAGAGUUGCCAAGUUUCUUGGAGCAGACAAGCCCAGAUUUCAUGCUUCAAGGGAGUAGCAAUCCAUUGGAACAACUAGGACUAUACAUGAAGAAAGACGAGGAGGAAGAGGAAGUUGAACCACCCCAAAGUGUUUCUGAGCUGGAGAAGGAUGUUGAGGAAGGAGAAAUUGACUGAUAAGCCUUUUGUUUGCACUAUUCUGUCAAUUCGAUGAUUUUAAGAAAUGGCUCUUUUUGAAAGCUACGAAGCUGCUGUGCAUUUCUGCUCUCUUCCACAGUUCAGUACUAUAGGAACAUUACGUUAUACAUUGUUCCUAACAUCGGGUGCCAAAUGCUAUGAAAGUAAAAGAUUCUAUAGUUAAUUGUCAGGCUCGGUAAUGGGGUUGAAAUUUGGGAUAUAUGAUCAGCCAUGCGUGGGCUAGUAAUGGAAGGCUUCAGAUUGUGGUUUCUGUACAGGGAAUUGUAGUUUUUAUGGAUUGAUGCACUUUUUGGCGGGCUUGUUUGAGUUGGAUUUGGGAGAAGGGCGUAAUAUGUAAAUUCAAUUUUAGGAAUUGUAAUAUAGUCAAGAGUUGAGAAACAUUCGACUCUGUUCUGUUGCUUUGUAGAUUGUAGGUCUUCCUCAACAUUUACACUUGCACCUUUCUUUCUUCGUCAUCAUCGUCGUCUUUUUUCUCUA